AUGGAAGGAUCACGUGUCGAGUAUGAGUACUCAUGUGAACAGAGUGCUUCUGAUCAGCUUGCCAAAAGUAUUGGCAAAACGAAAGAAGGGGUUCAGAAAGACAAAGUGGUAACAAGUGGUUAUGAGAAUAAGAAAUGUGAAACAGAUGCAUCAUCUAAGACCGGUUGUGGUGCAACAGCAAAUGGAACAAGAAAUGGUUCAGGAUUAAGCCCUUUUGGCACCAGAACAUUUCACUCUCUUGCCAAUGGUUUUUCAGGGAAAGGCAUGCUCUAUAGAACUCCCAAAAAUGCCUUGUUCAUGAGCAGGGAGGGCCCAAUGAGACCUAACUCGACAGUGCGGCGAGGUCCUCUCCUACCAUUCAGGUACACACAGAGGAAUGAUUUGAACACCCAAGACAAAAGCAAAGACUUCAAAGUUAUCGAUCCUAGUAAAGAUCUUGCCAGUGCAGGAUUUGGUCUUGGAAGGAGAAGUAUGGGUCUGGGCUGCUUUUUAGCAGGAACUGCUGGUGAAAGCUCGAGCGACGAUGACUAA